AUGUCCUACUCAUCAGUAGAUAUCUUCAAAGCCGCUUUUGUUGGCGUCAUUUUUGUACUCACUAUAGUGGGAAAUUCACUUGUGGCUUGGGUUCUCAUCAAAUGUCGACGAUAUCUUCUACGAAAUCGACCGACUUACCAAUUUAUUCUUAACAUCGUGCUUUCCGAUCUUGCAGUCGGUUUGUUAACCAUGCCGUUUGAGUUUGUCCGUGAGCUUCUGGGAAAAUGGAUCUUUGGUACAGUGUUGUGCAAGAUUGUGGAAUUUAUUGAAAUUGCUGUAUCUGGCACGGCAGUUAUUACACAUGCCUUGAUCUCCUUUGAUCGAUAUCGCAGUGUCGCUCGUCCUUAUCUUCCAAAGCUAAGAGCAAGGCAGAUAAAGAGAAUGAUAACCUUGUCAUGGCUUCUCCCUGCUUUUGCUGCAAGUCCUUAUUUGUACAUGUUCCAGAUCGAUGAGAUUGACUCGAAAAUCAUCUGCACACCAAAAGCAAUACCAAUUCCAUGGCUAGAUAAGAUGUACCAAGCCGUUGAGAUGUCACUUAUACUCUUGUUGCCGUUCUUGAUCAUGUGCUGGCAUUAUUCCCUUGUGGCAUUGACGAUGUGGGGGAUAAGCCCAACAGUGGCAGCUGAAAACUUCUCUAAUUCUGCGAGACAUUCUGUUGUUUACAGAAAUAAGAAGCGUGUAACACGAACGUCUGGCCUUGUUGCAAUAACAUUCAUCGUUUGCUGGCUUCCUACGUUUGUCUUAAGUUUCGUUCGGAUUAGCUCGGGCACAGAGCAUGUCCAUCGUGGGCAACUUUUGCAGGAGGUAGCCAUGUUUGGCACCUUUAUAAAUGAGGCUAUAAAUCCUGUUAUUUACUGUGCCUUCGAUAGGAACAUAAAAUCACAAGUUCGCCUCAGGGCCUUUUGCACCCACAAUACAGACAGUGUUGUAACAAGCAAUGAUGACGAUCAUACACGCCACACCGUGGAAACCGAUCAUAGGCGAAAAUCGACGAUUUUGGAAACCCUAGAUCUUACCAAGUCAAGUAACAGAACGAUACAAAUAUAA